CUCCCAAAUUUCCCAAAUAUCCGUGCCCGCGCACCUAGAGGUCCUCCUCUCUCAGUCAGAGCUGCUCCCACCUUGCUGGAGCCCUGGCCCCCGAAGUGGAGGAGAGGGGCCAGGCACCGGGGUCCCCUCUGCGGCCAGCAUGCUGAAAACUUCUACAGCGUCAGCAGCCCCUGGGUCCCUCUCCAAUGGCAGUCUCCCUGGCAACACCAGCAAUGGCGAUUCAAGGAACCCAUGGUUGGCCCAGGCUGAGGUGGCACUGCUGGCAGCCAUGUUUGUGUGCAUAACACUGAGCAAUAUACUGGUGCUGGGGGCCUUGGCCCGCAGGGGCCAGAGAGGCCGAUGGGCCCCUAUGCACGUCUUCAUCGGCCACCUGUGUCUGGCCGAUUUGGCCGUGGCCCUGUUCCAGGUGCUCCCACAGCUGGCCUGGGACAUCACGGACCGUUUCCAGGGUCCCGACUUUCUAUGCCGAGCCGUCAAGUAUCUGCAGAUGGUGGGCAUGUACGCUUCCUCCUACAUGAUCCUGGCCAUGACCCUGGACCGCCAUCGAGCCAUCUGCCGCCCCAUGUUGGCAUUCCGCCAUGGUGGGGCCCACUGGAACAGGCCCAUCCUGGUGGCGUGGGCCCUCUCGUUGAUCUUCAGCCUGCCCCAACUCUUCAUCUUCAGCCAACAAGAGGUAGAGGAUGACACUGGCACCCUCGACUGCUGGGCCCUCUUUAUCGAGCCCUGGGGGCUCCGGGCCUAUGUUACUUGGAUUGCUCUAAUGGUGUUUGUGGCACCAGCCGCAGGCAUUGCUGCCUGCCAGGUGCUCAUCUUCCGGGAGAUCCAUGCCAGCCUGUCCCCGAGGGCCAGUGGCGUGGGGCCUGGCGAGGGUGCCCGAGUCUCCGCAGCCAUGGCCAAGACAGUGAGAAUGACCUUGGUGAUAGUGAUUGUGUACGUACUGUGUUGGGCACCCUUCUUCCUGGUGCAGCUGUGGUCAGUGUGGGACCCCCAGGCACCCCGGGAAGGGCCACCCUUUGUGCUGCUCAUGCUUCUGGCCAGCCUCAACAGCUUCACCAACCCUUGGAUCUACGCCACCUUCAGCAGCAGCGUGUCCUCUGAGCUCCGAAGCCUCCUCUGCUGCUCCCGGCCACCUCCUUUGGCCAGCCUCGGUGCCCCCGACGACUCCUGCAUAACCGCCAGCUCCUCUCUCACCAAGGACACGUCGUCCUGAGGUCCCCGGAAGACCGUGGGGGCAGUGACCGGUCUUCCUGGACUCCAGAAAGCCCAGAGAUCCAGCUCCGUGCCCAAGCCAACAUCUCCCACCCAGCACGGCCUGCCAUUCCUAAAGGCCAGGUGUGCCCGUGUCAUGCCCCUGCUCCCGAGAAGCCUCAGUAGUGCCCCGGUGCCUCAAGGGUAACGAGACUCCUCUGUUUAGCCUUUCAAGGUCCUCCCGGUCUGGCUCUCCAUCCCUCCUCCUGACACUCCAAAGGCAUCCAUUAGGUUGCUUAAUAGUCUAGGCCUGGAAUGCUCCGUCUCCGGGAAUCCCUAGCUCCCUCCGGGGCCGCCUCUUCCAGGAGACUUUCCUGAUUCUCCCCACUUAGUUCUGUGUAUUUAUUCUGCAGAGAUCCCAGAUCUACUUCUUAGGGGAGAUGGCAAGUUCUUUGAGGGCCACGACCGGCCUCCCUUUUUCCCUGUAUCUUCGGUGCCUGGCACAUAGUAGGGGCUUAAUAAAUGCUUGCUGAUUGAUG